AUGCAGCUGGCACGCUACCUGGAAUUCAAUAGAGGUCAGAAACGACUCUUGAUCUCUUUCGGGGUGGUGUAUCUCCUGGUUGUGUUUUUUUGCUUUUCGAAUUCCGCUCGUGAUCCUGGUUCGAUUUUCUUUCGGCCCAGCCAUGGUUAUCGUCCCGAAUACAGCGCCAAAAGAGUGGACGAAGCGUUGAAAUAUGUGUCGGCAUUCAACCAAUCGUCAACCCAUUCAAAUCAGAGCCUGACGACUGAAGGUGUUGAAAUGUGCAUUGGUAUCGUCACAGUGAAGCGCCCUUUGGUGCAAAACCUCGACGUCACUGUCGGCUCUCUCCUUGACGGCUUAUCGCCUGAGCAGCGGUCUGCUGUCUCUUUACAAGUACUUUUCGCACCCACCAACGCUUGGACGCAUCCUGACUAUGGACAACCCUGGGUCCCUAAUAUUAUCGAUCGUGUCCUCACCUAUGAAGAUUUUGAUGCGCCUAUCACGGACCUUAUGCGCCUGGAGAGAAAGCAUAGAAUAGCAGAAAAGUCCCUCGUCGACUAUCGACUAGCCCUAAAUUCUUGCUAUAAUCAAACGGACGCACCGUGGAUCCUGAUGGUGGAAGACGACGUGGUGGCACAGAAGAAAUGGUAUGAUCAUACUAUGCAAAGUUUGGAAACUAUCAAGGACGGGCAAAGGCGUGGCGCGAUUUACAACUGGUUCUAUCUGCGCUUGUUCUAUACGGAAAAAUUCCUGGGAUGGAAUGACCAGUACUGGCCCACUUACCUAUUCUGGAGUUUGGUUGUUGUUACAAUACCGGGUACCCUGUUGAUUUAUGCACGACGAAACGCCCGAUCGAUUCGAGGAACUUUGACCAACCCAUUUCUAUUCGUGGUCUGCUUUGGCUGCAUUCCAAUGUUUAUAAUUCUCUUUUUUCUUGCGGGACGAGUGACCCUGCAACCGAUGAAGCCGGGUGUUCAUCUGAUGAACCGAAAUGGAUGUUGCUCUCAAGCGCUUCUCUUUCCACGAAAGAAUGUACCCCCGUUGAUGGAAUAUUUGCGUUACAGACAGGACAAAAUUCCAAAACCAGUCGACAGUGUCAUUGAGGCCUUUGCGAAUGACAAGGACUUUGACCGAUUCGUCAUAUCGCCCUCACAGAUGCAGCACGUGGGGGCUAGUUCAUACAAAAAGAAACAAAAGACUGUUGAAGCACAGGGCCCAUAUCUAAUAUAUGGUGCUCACGGUGUCUGGAGCAUGGGAUUUGAAAAGGCAUACCAAGAUUGA